AUGUAGAAAGAGCUGCACGUAUUGUUUAUGGUUAUGAGCAACAUUCUAAAAAAGGAAUUGGGGCGUUUGACUUAGAUGGCAAAAUGAUUGAUCUCCCGAUGGUCAAAUGGGCAGAGCGAAUACUUACAAGGGCCACAGCUGGCGGAAUAACGAUUCCCGAGAUAAAGAAGGAUGAAAACAGCAUUGAAGCAUAA